UUUACCAAGGGUGCCAAUAAUUCUGACCACAACUGUAUUUAGAACAUAUUUUUGUUAACUGGAUAGAUUAGAUAGAUAGAUAUCAAGUAAACAUUUUUUUUUAGAUGCACUAUUUUAUUGAACUAUUCCUUCUCUCUUUCCCUCCUGUACUGUAUAACCUUGCAAACAGUCUGAUUAAUUCUGUCUCAUCAUUCUCUGUCCUUCCUCCCUCUCCCGUCUCUGUAAACAACACCAGUAAUUAUGGGAAAUGAACAAAUGAACAUCGUACUAAUAGAGUUUCAUUAUGUUAAUAUGCUGUAUGCUGCUGGGUGUAUAAAAGACAGACUGUCCCUCAUUCAGACACACACCUGCAGCAACCCUGUUAUUUGAAGGUUACAGGCUGUCUCUUUUUUCCUGGAAUUCUGAUUUUGUUUUUUUUAUUAAUAUUUAUAAACCACAACUGUUCUCUUAGAAGAUGCAGACAAAUUGUGCUCUACUCUGCAUCUCUCUCUGUGUCUUUACUGCACAUCUCUCAAGGAUCCAUGGCAUGACCCUCACGAAUCCAGAGAAAAAAGGCUGGACUCUACACAGUGCUGGGUACCUACUAGGACCUUAUGCUCACAGAAGUCUUAAUGUAAGACACAGAGCUACGGGCAAAAGAGACGUGUGGAAUGAGAGUUCAAGCAUACCAACAUCUUCAUACAAUGAUUCAUAUCUUCUCUCACUGCUGGGUCAUCUUGCAUAUCUGCGAUUAAAAGAAAUGGGAAUGGCUGAAGAUUUUAGUGGCUCUUUAAUCAAUGGCCAUAUGAAGCAAUAACAGAUAUCUCUGUUUUCAUCCUUUGUUAUCAUUAUUUAUUACGCAGUUAAAACUGGUAAAUUGCAUAUAUUAAUACCCCAUGAAUCUGAUUUGGCUCUUUUCACCACUUUACCAUUGUUGGUGCAUAAUUACCUGCUUCAGAGUUGAAAUAAAGC